AUGCUUAGCUAUCCUAUGCUCGUGUCGGAGGGCCAAUGGCCCGAGGAUUCUGAGCAGAGGCAGCGGCCUCCCUCGUCCGACCACCCCGAACAUUCGUUCCAUUUCCGGUCCAGAUCGAGUGUACACACUCAGAGCCCAAGACGGCUCUCCGUGUUCAGCGGCCGUUCGAGAAGUAACACGACGACUUCUACCACAUCGUCUCGCCGCUCUCCCGCCUCGUCCAUGACCUCUGCUGAAACGCUAUCCAAGCAAUCCUCUCAUGAUGAACGGCCAGCGGCGAAGCAAGAGAACGUGGCCAAAUCAAUUUUCUCUCGUGGAAGUCGCAUUCUCCGGCGACAAGGAAGCAAAUUCAACGUCGCUGCGACUGUGGACGAAGAAGAAGAGGUUGGGAAGAUAACGCAGAAAUUCGAGGUUAUGGAUCUCUUCCACCGCAAAGCGCGACACAAUGACAACCACGAGCAACUGAAACGUAUCAUUUCGGAGCCUUAUGAUUUCCACCAUCUCACCCAUACCAGCCCGGCCGAAUUUCAGGCAUUGGAUAACGCGAAUGACCUCGUCACUGAAUUCUCCGCCAUCCGCGCUUCUCAGAAACCUGUCUCGGAGCUUAAAGGCAUUCGCGCUGAGGACAUCCAUUUCGAAGACUUCGUCGAUCCCCCAGCAAACGGGAGGAGAUGGGGGGCGCGAUCCCCCCCACGGCGAGUCCUCCGCUGU